AUGUUCCAAGCGUACUACGUCUCGCUGUCUCUCCUCUCCACCAAAAGUUGCAUGAAUAGGGAUACUGAUGACAUUCCUUUUUAUAUUCAUGCCGUUAGAGCAUCACCAACUCAUCCUUCGCAUUAUUGGCAGUCAGUGCUCGCACAAGGAAUUUGCGGAAGUGUCGUAAAUGGCAUGUUAUUUGUGAUUUUAAUACGUGUCGUCGCUACGUGUUUUGAAGCGAAUAAGAUUCGUGAUUGCGAUUGCGCUUAUGGAGCGUGGACCAUUUGGCUUCAUGGCGUUGGCUUAUCUUAUGUUUAUGGAGAGACUGCUGCAGUUGUGCAAGCGCAUACGUUCCCGCCUUGCCCGGAAAAUCUCACCACUGAUAGCUUCAUCUUCCUCCCAACUAAACCCUCCGGCAUUACUAUCAAAUUUGCUUUGCAUACAGGCCAACUAGUGCUAGAGAAGCGGCCACUCGAGACUUCAACCCUUCGUUAUAAUGAUGCUGUAAGACUGAAUGGGCUAAUGAGACUAAAGGAAGGAAAGGAAGGCUUCACGUUGAUGGUGAUGGUCCGGGGACUCAUUCUUCCAGUUCCCAGGGUCUGGACGACGCUGAAGUACCCAUACAUCUCCCCAAGUACUUUCUUAUCUCUUUCCCCUCACUCUUGUCGCAUCGUCCACCCCUUACCCUAA